UUUGGAGUAUAAAUUAGCCCAAUGAGUUUGGACAGGCAUGAACAGCCUGAGAACAGAUGAAGAAAUCUCAUGAACCAGAGGAGGGAUUCUCUAUUUAGAAGUGGACCAACUUCUUCCUAAGGCCAAACCAAAACGGAUAGAGUUUCCGCGCAUCUCGAGAUUCGAGGCCGAAGGGUCAGCUCUCGAUACUCACAUGAAUCGAGCCGGCGUCUACGUCUUGAUCUUCUGUUCGGUGGUCUUCUUCCAUGUCGAAGCGCAAAUUUCGCCUAGCCAGGAUCCGAUUUUCCAGCAGGAUGUGUCGAAUUUCCAGCCGAGCCUCGGCGUUGUCAUGGGAUUACUCUCCCUGAUGUUCUUUCUCGCUUGCGUCCUUCUUUGUUAUGCGAAGUUUUGUAUUUCCCGUUCGCCGGCCAUCCAUGGAGACCUGGAAGCUCGUUUUGGGCUCACGAGGUCGAGAUCCCAGUUAUCGGGCAUCGACAAGACAGUGAUCGAGUCGCUCCCUUUCUUCAGGUUUUCCUCGCUCAGGGGAUCAAAAGAAGGGCUUGAGUGCGCGGUGUGCCUCGCCAAGUUCGAGGAUAUCGAGAUCCUCCGGCUGCUGCCUCAAUGCAAGCACGCCUUCCACAUCGAGUGCAUUGACCGCUGGCUCGAGAGCCACUCCAGCUGCCCCCUCUGCAGGCACAGGCUGAGCUUGGAGGACCCAGCGAGCUUCACCUACUCGAGUAGCAUGAGGCUGUGGAACCAAUCGAGCCGACACGAGGACUCGAAUCCGGAGCCACUCUUCAUCCAGAGGGAGGAGGAAAAUCGCGGGUCCUCCAGGUUCGGCAUCGGGAGUAGCUUACGGAGGAUGUUCAAGGCCGAUAGAGAAGACGAGAUCUCGAUCCGGGACGAGCCUAGAAAUGCUGAUCGGGACCCAAGAGCGGACCUGCACAAGUUCAAUCACAGGAUUUUCAUGUCUGAUGUGUUCUUCAAUAACAGGUGGAGCAAUGUAAGCUCUUCAGACCUGAUGUUCCUGAAUUCGGAAAUGCUGAGCUCCGUGUCAAGCAACAGGUUCUCUUCCCUGGAGGCCGAUCCUGGCCAGUCCAAAACAAGCAGAGCCAAUAAAGAGGACCAAGUUGGGAAGAUCAGGGAAGAGAUGGAGUUGAAGAGACUGUUCGAGAGCAAGCUCAGCCCCAAGAGCUUGACUAGCUUGGUCCCGACCGCGGGCCUUCCUCCUCCGACGGUGACACGCGGGUCGAAGUAUCUGGUGCCGGACGACAAGAGAUCCAUGUCCGAGAUCACAGGGGUGUCAAGGCUCGGGGGCUUGAACAUGAAGAACAGGUACCAAGAGGCUUCCUCACAUGACAAUGGCGGGUCAAAGGAGGAGAGAAUGAGAAGGCUGUGGUUGCCAAUUGCCAGAAGAACAGCUCAAUGGUUUGCUAACAGAGAGAGGAGAUCUCAAGACUCUCAGAAUCAGACACAAGAAGAAGUAUAGUUUUCUUUUUUUUUUCCUGCUGUUUUUUUUUUUUUUUGGGGACAAUUUAUAGGUUUGACUUCUGUAUUAAUUUUGAUUUUCUGUGCUCUUCUUUCCUUAAUUUUUUUUCCUUUUUCUUUUUGUAACAUGUUUCAUGAAUAUCUCAUAGAGAACGAAGUAGGCCCAUUUGAAACU